GCUGCCGGGACGGGCCCAAGAUGGCUUUGCUCUUCUGUUCCGCUUCUUCCUGCAGCGCAGUACCUCAUUCAUUGCCCCGGUGUUGAGCGGCGCCGCGUAGCACAAAUAGGCUCGGGGUCUGCCCCGUGGGGCAGGAGGCCGCCAUGGCAACCCUGGAAAAGCUUAUGAAGGCCUUUGAAUCUCUCAAGUCGUUUCAGCAGCAGCAGCAACAGCAACAGCAGCAGCAGCAGCCACCACCGCCGCCUCCGCCCUCUCAGCCGCCGCCUCAGGCGCAGCCGCCGCCUCCGCAGGCACAGCCCCCGCCGCCCCCGCCGCCUCCGCCGCCGCCGCCGCCGCCGCCGGGCCCAGCCGCGGCCGAGGAGCCGCUGCACCGACCAAAGAAGGAACUCUCAGCCACCAAGAAAGACCGAGUGAAUCACUGUUUGACUAUAUGUGAAAACAUUGUAGCACAAUCUCUCAGAAAUUCUCCAGAAUUCCAGAAACUCCUGGGCAUCGCCAUGGAACUUUUUCUGCUGUGCAGUGAUGAUGCGGAGUCAGAUGUCAGGAUGGUGGCUGAUGAAUGCCUCAACAAAGUUAUCAAAGCUUUGAUGGAUUCUAAUCUUCCAAGGCUACAGUUAGAACUCUAUAAGGAAAUUAAAAAGAAUGGUGCUCCUCGAAGUUUGCGUGCUGCCCUAUGGAGGUUUGCUGAGCUGGCUCACCUGGUUCGACCUCAAAAAUGCAGGCCUUACUUGGUGAAUCUUUUACCAUGUCUGACUCGAACAAGCAAGAGACCUGAGGAAUCAGUCCAAGAGACCUUGGCUGCAGCUGUUCCCAAAAUUAUGGCUUCUUUUGGAAAUUUUGCAAAUGACAAUGAAAUUAAGGUUUUGUUGAAGGCUUUCAUAGCAAAUCUCAAGUCAAGUUCUCCUACGGUGCGCCGGACAGCAGCUGGCUCAGCAGUGAGCAUCUGCCAGCGUUCCAGGAGGACACAGUACUUCUACAGCUGGCUCCUAAACGUGCUCCUAGGUCUUCUGGUUCCUGUGGAGGAAGAACACCCCACUGUCCUGAUUCUUGGUGUGCUGCUCACUUUGAGGUAUCUGGUGCCUUUGCUGCAGCAGCAGGUCAAGGAUACGAGCUUAAAGGGCAGCUUUGGGGUGACACGGAAAGAAAUGGAAGUCUCUCCUUCUACAGAGCAACUUGUCCAGGUUUACGAACUUACUUUGCAUCACACGCAGCAUCAAGACCACAAUGUGGUGACAGGGGCACUGGAGCUCUUGCAGCAGCUCUUCCGCACACCUCCACCUGAACUGCUGCAAGCAUUGACUACACCAGGUGGCCUCCGGCAGCUCUCUGUGGUUCAAGAGGAGGCCCUGGGCAGAGGCCGCAGUGGGAGCAUUGUGGAACUUCUAGCUGGAGGGGGUUCCUCAUGCAGCCCUGUCCUUUCAAGGAAACAAAAAGGCAAAGUGCUCUUAGGAGAAGAAGCAGCCUUGGAUGAUGACUCAGAGUCAAGGUCAGAGGUCAGCAGCUCAGCCUUUGCAGCUUCUGUGAAGGGUGAGAUUGGAGGAGAGCUGGUUGCUGUUUCAGGCGUCUCCACUCCUGGAUCUGUGGGUCAUGACAUCAUCACUGAGCAGCCACGGUCCCAGCACACACUGCAAGCAGACUCUGUGGAUCUGUCAGGCUGUGACUUGACCAGUGCUGCCACUGAUGGAGAUGAGGAGGAUAUCUUAAGCCACAGUUCGAGCCAGAUCAGUGCUGUCCCAUCUGAUCCUGCCAUGGACCUGAACGAUGGGACCCAGGCCUCCUCACCCAUUAGUGAUAGUUCUCAGACCACCACUGAAGGGCCUGAUUCAGCUGUGACUCCUUCUGACAGCUCUGAAAUUGUCCCAGGUAGCCAGAUGCCCAGUGAUGCAAGUGCACAACGUCACACUGAGCACAAGGGGGGCCGUGCAUCUGGAGUUUGCAGCAGGUUUAAGGUAUUAGAUGGUGCUGACAGCCAGUAUUCGAACAUGCAGAUUGAACAGCCCCAGGAUGAAGAUGAGGUUGUAGGUGUUCUUCCCAGGGAAGCCUCGAAUGCUUUCAGAAAGUCGUCUCUGGCCCUUCAACAGGUACAUUUGUUGGAAAGAAUGGGUCAUAACAGGCAGGCUUCCAACAGCAGUAUAGAUAAGAUUGUAUCAAGGGAUGAAACAGCUGAACCAGGUGAUCCAGAAAACAAGCCUUGCCGAAUCAAAGGCGACAUAGGACAAAUGACUGAUGAUGAUUCUGCUCCUCUAGUCCAUUGUGUCCGCCUUUUAUCUGCUUCAUUUUUGCUAACUGGGGAGAAAAAAGCUCUGGUUCCAGACAGGGAUGUGAGGGUCAGUGUGAAAGCCCUUGCCCUCAGCUGUGUUGGAGCAGCUGUGUCUCUUCAUCCAGAAUCUUUCUUCAGCAAGCUGUAUAAAGUACCACUUGACAGCACGGAAUAUCCUGAGGAGCAGUAUGUCUCAGACAUCUUGAACUACAUCGAUCAUGGGGACCCACAGGUCAGAGGAGCCACUGCCAUUCUUUGUGGGACUCUUAUCUAUUCCAUCCUCAGUAGGUCCCGACUCCGUGUGGGGGACUGGCUAGGCACCAUCAGAACCCAGACAGGAAAUACAUUUUCUCUGGUGGACUGCAUUCCUCUGCUACAGAAAACUUUGAAGGAUGAAUCUUCUGUCACUUGCAAGUUAGCUUGUACAGCUGUGAGGCACUGUGUCCUGAGUCUCUGCAGCAGCAGCUACAGUGAUUUAGGAUUGCAGCUGCUCAUUGACGUGCUGCCUUUGAAGAAUAGUUCCUACUGGCUGGUGAGGACAGAGCUGCUGGAAACUCUAGCAGAGAUUGACUUUAGGCUGGUGAGCUUUUUGGAGGCCAAAGCAGAAAGUUUACACCGAGGGGCUCAUCAUUAUACAGGGCUUUUAAAACUGCAAGAACGAGUGCUCAAUGAUGUGGUUAUCCAUUUGCUUGGGGAUGAGGACCCUAGGGUGCGACAUGUUGCUGCCGCAUCAUUAAUAAGACUUGUUCCAAAGCUGUUUUAUAAAUGUGACCAAGGACAGGCUGAUCCAGUAGUAGCUGUGGCAAGAGACCAAAGCAGUGUUUACCUGAAACUCCUCAUGCAUGAGACACAGCCUCCAUCACACUUCUCUGUCAGCACCAUAACCAGAAUCUACAGAGGAUAUAGCUUACUGCCGAGCAUAACUGAUGUCACUGUGGAAAAUAACCUCUCAAGAGUAAUUGCUGCAGUUUCUCAUGAACUGAUGACAUCAACCACAAGGGCACUCACAUUUGGAUGCUGUGAAGCAUUGUGUCUUCUUUCAGCAGCCUUUCCAGUUUGCACUUGGAGUUUAGGUUGGCAUUGUGGAGUGCCCCCAUUGAAUGCCGCAGAUGAGUCUAGGAAGAGCUGCACUGUUGGGAUGGCUACCAUGAUUCUCACCCUGCUCUCAUCAGCUUGGUUCCCACUGGAUCUCUCAGCCCAUCAGGAUGCCUUGAUUUUGGUUGGAAAUUUGCUUGCAGCCAGUGCCCCCAAGUCUCUGAGAAGUUCCUGCACCUCUGAAGAAGAAGCCAACCCAGUAGCCACCAGACAGGAGGAGGUUUGGCCUGCUCUGGGGGACCGGAUGCUGGUGCCCAUGGUGGAGCAGCUUUUCUCCCACCUGCUGAAAGUGAUCAAUAUUUGUGCUCAUGUCUUGGAUGAUGUGACUCCUGGUCCUGCAAUCAAGGCUGCCUUGCCUUCUUUAACAAACCCCCCUUCUCUAAGUCCCAUCCGACGAAAAGGGAAGGAGAAGGAACCAGGAGAACAAGUAUCUGCACCAAUGAGUCCCAAGAAAGGCAGUGAGGCCAGUGCAGCCUCUCGACAAUCGGAUACGUCAGGGCCUGUCACAUCAAGUAAAUCCUCCUCAUUAGGGAGUUUCUACCAUCUACCUUCCUACCUCAAAUUACAUGAUGUCCUGAAAGCUACUCAUGCCAACUAUAAGGUCACCUUGGAUCUUCAGAACAGCACUGAAAAGUUUGGGGGGUUCCUGCGCUCUGCCUUGGACGUUCUUUCUCAGAUUCUAGAGUUGGCAACACUGCAGGACAUUGGGAAGUGUGUUGAGGAGAUCCUUGGAUACCUGAAAUCCUGCUUUAGUAGAGAACCAAUGAUGGCGACUGUUUGUGUUCAACAGCUAUUGAAGACUCUCUUUGGGACGAACUUGGCCUCCCAGUUUGAUGGCUUAUCUUCCAACCCUAGCAAGUCCCAGGGCCAAGCACAGCGCCUUGGCUCAUCCAGUAUGAGGCCAGGCUUGUAUCAUUACUGCUUCAUGGCUCCAUACACCCACUUCACACAGGCCUUAGCUGAUGCCAGCCUGAGGAACCUGGUGCAGGCGGAACAGGAGCAUGAUACCUCAGGGUGGUUUGAUGUACUACAGAAAGCAUCUACUCAGUUGAAGACGAACCUCACAAGCGCUACAAAGAACCGUGCAGAUAAGAAUGCUAUUCACAAUCACAUUCGAUUAUUUGAGCCGCUUGUUAUUAAAGCUUUAAAGCAAUAUACCACAACAACAUCUGUACAGUUGCAGAAGCAGGUUUUGGAUUUGCUGGCACUGCUAGUUCAGCUGCGAGUCAAUUACUGUUUGCUGGAUUCAGAUCAGGUAUUCAUUGGAUUUGUAUUGAAACAGUUUGAAUAUAUCGAAGUAGGCCAGUUCAGGGAAUCAGAGGCAGUUAUUCCAAACAUCUUUUUCUUCCUGGUAUUACUGUCUUAUGAGCGCUACCAUUCAAAACAGAUCAUUGGGAUUCCUAAGAUCAUCCAGCUGUGUGAUGGCAUCAUGGCCAGUGGGAGGAAGGCCGUAACACAUGCCAUUCCAGCACUGCAGCCCAUUGUCCAUGACCUCUUUGUGUUACGAGGAACAAAUAAAGCUGAUGCAGGGAAAGAGCUUGAAACUCAGAAGGAGGUGGUGGUGUCCAUGUUGUUAAGACUCAUUCAAUACCAUCAGGUGCUGGAGAUGUUCAUCCUUGUCCUGCAGCAGUGCCACAAGGAGAAUGAGGACAAAUGGAAACGGCUAUCUCGGCAGGUUGCGGAUAUCAUUCUGCCCAUGUUAGCCAAGCAGCAGAUGCAUAUUGACUCUCAUGAAGCUCUGGGAGUGCUAAAUACUUUAUUUGAGAUUUUGGCCCCUUCCUCCCUCCGUCCUGUGGACAUGCUUUUGCGGAGUAUGUUUAUCACUCCAAACACAAUGGCAUCUGUGAGCACUGUUCAGCUGUGGAUAUCUGGAAUCCUAGCUAUUCUGAGGGUGUUAAUUUCCCAGUCAACUGAAGAUAUUGUUCUUUCUCGUAUUCAGGAGCUCUCUUUCUCACCAUAUUUAAUUUCCUGUCCAGUCAUUAGCAGAUUAAGAGAUGGAGACAGUAAUUCAACACUUGGAGAAUGUAGUGAAGGAAAACAAGUGAAGAAUUUGCCAGAAGAUACAUUUUCUAGGUUUCUAUUACAGCUGGUUGGUAUUCUUUUAGAAGAUAUUGUUACAAAACAGCUAAAAGUGGAAUUAAAUGAACAACAGCAUACUUUCUACUGCCAAGAGCUGGGCACACUGCUCAUGUGUCUGAUCCACAUCUUCAAGUCUGGAAUGUUCCGAAGAAUCACGGCAGCUACCACUAGACUCUUCACCAGUGAUGGCUAUGAGGGCAGCUUCUACACUCUGGAGAGUCUGAAUGCACGGGUGCGCUCCAUGGUGCCCACGCACCCAGCCCUCGUGCUGCUCUGGUGUCAGAUCCUGCUGCUCAUCAAUUAUACUGACCACCGGUGGUGGGCUGAGGUGCAGCAGACACCCAAGAGACACAGUCUGUCCUGCACCAAGUCACUUAGCCCCCAGAUGCCUGGUGAGGAAGAGGAUUCUGACUCGGCAGCUCAACUUGGAAUGUGCAAUAGAGAAAUAGUGCGAAGAGGGGCCCUUAUUCUCUUCUGUGAUUAUGUUUGCCAGAACCUCCAUGAUUCGGAGCAUCUAACCUGGCUCAUUGUUAAUCACAUUCAAGAUCUGAUCAGCCUGUCCCACGAACCUCCAGUGCAGGACUUCAUUAGUGCUGUUCAUCGAAACUCUGCAGCUAGUGGCCUUUUUAUCCAAGCAAUUCAAUCUCGUUGUGAAAAUCUUUCAACUCCAACCACUCUGAGAAAAACACUUCAGUGUUUAGAAGGCAUCCAUCUCAGCCAGUCGGGCGCUGUGCUCACACUGUAUGUGGACAGGCUCCUGGGCACCCCCUUCCGUGCGCUGGCUCGUAUGGUCGACACCCUGGCCUGUCGCAGGGUAGAAAUGCUUUUGGCUGCAAAUUUACAGAGCAGCAUGGCCCAGUUGCCAGUGGAAGAACUGAACAGAAUCCAGGAACACCUCCAGAGCAGUGGGCUUGCACAGCGACACCAAAGGCUCUAUUCUCUGCUGGACAGAUUCCGACUCUCCACCAUGCAGGACUCACUUAGCCCCUUGCCCCCAGUUACUUCCCAUCCACUGGAUGGGAAUGGACACCUGUCACUGGAAACAGUGAGUCCAGACAAAGACUGGUACCUCCGCCUUGUCAGAUCCCAGUGUUGGACCAGGUCAGACUCUGGACUGCUGGAAGGUGCAGAGCUGGUGAAUCGUAUCCCUGCAGAAGACAUGAGUGACUUCAUGAUGAGCUCGGAGUUCAACUUAAGCCUGUUGGCUCCAUGCAUAAGCCUCGGAAUGAAUGAAAUUGCUACGGGUCAGAAGAGUCUCCUUUUUGAAGCAGCUCGUGGGGUGACCCUGGACCGUGUGACCAGCACUGUAGAGCAGCUUCCUGCUGCCCAUCAAGUCUUCCAGCCUUUCCUGCCCACGGAGCCCACGGCCUACUGGAGCAGGUUGAAUGACCUGUUUGGGGAUGCCACAUCAUAUCAGUCUCUGACCAUACUUACCCGGGCCCUGGCACAGUACCUGGUGGUGGUCUCCAAAGUACCUGCCCAUUUGCACCUUCCUCCUGAGAAGGAGAGAGACACAGUGAAGUUUGUGGUCAUGACCCUUGAGGCCUUGGCGUGGCAUUUGAUCCAUGAGCAAAUCCCACUGAGUCUGGACCUCCAGGCUGGGCUAGACUGCUGCUGCUUGGCUCUACAAGUACCUGGUCUCUUGGGGGUGCUCUCCUCCCCAGAGUAUGUGACCCACGCCUGUUCCCUCAUCCACUGUGUGCGAUUCAUCCUGGAAGCCAUUGCAGUGCAGCCUGGGGAUCAGCUUCUCAGUCCAGAAAGCAGGAUAAAUACUCUAAGGGUUUUCAGAGAAGAGGAAGUAGACUCAGACACACAAAAUCCCAGGUAUGUCACCUCAGCCUGCGAGAUGGUGGCAGAGAUGGUGGAGUCCCUGCAGUCAGUGCUGGCCUUGGGCCACAAGAGGAACAGCAGCAUGCCCUCAUUUCUCACAGCGGUGCUCAAGAACAUAGUUGUCAGCCUGGCCCGCCUCCCCCUAGUCAACAGCUAUGCACGUGUGCCCCCACUGGUCUGGAAACUUGGGUGGUCACCGAAGCCUGGAGGGGAUUUUGGCACAGUGUUCCCUGAGAUCCCAGUGGAGUUCCUGCAGGAGAAGGAGAUCUUUAAGGAGUUCAUCUACCGCAUCAACACCCUAGGGUGGACCAGUCGUACCCAGUUUGAAGAAACUUGGGCCACUCUCCUUGGUGUCCUGGUAACCCAGCCCCUUGUUUUGGAACAGGAAGAGAGCCCGCCAGAGGAAGACACAGAAAGGACCCAGAUUCACGUCCUGGCUGUACAGGCUAUCACCUCCCUGGUGCUCAGCGCAAUGACUGUACCUGUGGCCGGCAACCCAGCUGUCAGCUGCUUAGAGCAACAGCCGCGGAACAAGCCUCUGAAAGCUCUCGAUACCAGGUUUGGGAGAAAGUUGAGCAUGAUCAGAGGGAUUGUAGAGCAGGAGAUUCAAGAAAUGAUUUCCAAGAAAGAGAAUAUUGCCACUCAUCAUUCUUACCAGACAUGGGAUCCUGUUCCUUCUUUGUUGCCCGCUACUACAGGUGCCCUCAUCAGCCAUGACAAGCUGCUGCUACAGAUCAACCCAGAACGGGAGCUGGGCAACAUGAGCUACAAGCUGGGCCAGGUAUCUAUACACUCAGUGUGGCUGGGUAACAACAUUACACCCCUGAGAGAGGAAGAGUGGGAUGAAGAGGAGGAGGAGGAGGCAGAUGUUCCUGCACCAACGUCUCCACCUGUGUCUCCAGUCAACUCCAGGAAGCACCGUGCUGGAGUUGAUAUCCACUCGUGUUCGCAGUUUCUGCUUGAAUUAUACAGCCGUUGGAUCCUGCCAUCUAGUUCAGCCAGAAAGACCCCCGUCAUCCUAAUCAGUGAGGUGGUUCGAUCUCUUCUUGUGGUGUCAGAUUUGUUCACUGAACGCACCCAGUUUGAGAUGAUGUAUCUGACUCUGACAGAAUUGCGGAGGGUGCACCCUUCGGAAGACGAGAUCCUUAUUCAGUACCUAGUGCCUGCCACCUGUAAAGCAGCUGCUGUCCUUGGAAUGGACAAGACUGUGGCAGAGCCAGUUAGCCGCCUGUUAGAGAGCACACUCAGGAGCAGCCACCUGCCUAGCCAGAUUGGAGCCCUACAUGGUGUCCUGUAUGUGCUGGAGUGUGACCUCUUGGACGACACUGCAAAGCAGCUCAUCCCAGUUGUUAGUGAAUAUCUCCUGUCUAACCUCAAAGGAACAGCCCACUGUGUCAACAUUCACAGCCAGCAGCACGUGCUGGUAAUGUGUGCUACUGCAUUCUACCUAAUCGAGAACUAUCCUCUGGAUGUGGGGCCAGAAUUUUCAGCAUCCGUCAUACAGAUGUGUGGAGUGAUGCUAUCUGGAAGUGAGGAAUCCACUCCCUCCAUCAUUUACCACUGUGUCCUCCGAGGCCUGGAGCGCCUCCUUCUGUCUGAGCAGCUCUCUCGACUAGAUGCAGAAUCCUUGGUCAAGCUGAGUGUAGACAGAGUGAAUGUGCACAGCCCACACCGGGCCAUGGCAGCCUUGGGUCUGAUGCUCACUUGUAUGUACACAGGAAAGGAGAAAGCCAGUCCAGGCAGAACCUCUGAUCCCAGCCCUGCAGCACCUGACAGUGAGUCUGUGAUCGUUGCCAUGGAGCGGGUGUCUGUUCUCUUUGAUAGGAUCCGCAAGGGGUUUCCCUGUGAAGCCAGGGUAGUGGCAAGGAUCCUGCCUCAGUUCCUGGAUGACUUCUUCCCACCCCAGGAUGUCAUGAACAAAGUCAUUGGAGAGUUUCUGUCCAAUCAGCAGCCAUACCCACAGUUCAUGGCCACCGUAGUAUAUAAGGUGUUUCAGACUCUACACAGUGCUGGACAGUCAACCAUGGUUCGAGACUGGGUGAUGCUGUCCCUGUCAAAUUUCACACAGAGAACCCCAGUGGCAAUGGCCAUGUGGAGCCUCUCCUGCUUCUUUGUCAGUGCCUCCACCAGCCCAUGGGUUUCAGCAAUCCUUCCACAUGUCAUCAGCAGAAUGGGCAAGCUGGAACAGGUGGACGUGAACCUUUUCUGCCUGGUUGCCACAGACUUCUACAGACAUCAGAUAGAGGAGGAGUUCGACCGCAGGGCCUUCCAAUCUGUGUUUGAGGUGGUUGCGGCACCAGGAAGCCCAUACCACCGGCUGCUUACUUGUUUGCAAAAUGUCCACAAGGUUACCACCUGCUGAGUACCUGUGGCAAGAGAGGCCAAGAGGAGGCUGCUGGGGCUGGAGUGUGCGCCAAGCUCUGCCGGGGCUGCCUUGUUCACUGCAGGCUUCUGCUUGCAUCAUGUGGACAGCCGGCAGCUAUUGAGUGUUCUGCAGCAAGGGGCUAUGCAGGAAAUGUGCACUACAUUGGGGUUGCGCCUGAGUUCUGGGUCCUAGCCUCCCUGCAGCUGGUGGCAGGGCCAGUGCCUAGGUGUUUCUUUCUCCUAGUAUUCACCUGGCCAUGAUCACCAGGUGCAGCUGCUCUGUGAUGUCCUGCCUCUUGAAGGGUGGUCUGAAUCCUCCUAUCCCACUGGGCUGGAGAGCUCCCACCCACAUCUCCACAGCAGGGUUAUACCUGCCACACCAGUGUCUAGGCACAGAACGCUGUGGUGUUUAUGGGCUGAGGAUGGGAGUGCCAUAUGCCUGGCACCAUUCUCCCUUUCUCUGUUUUCUUCUCAGGACUUAAAAUUUAAUUAUAUCAGUAAAGAGAUUAAUUUUACGGUAACUCUUCCUAUGCCCGUGUAAAGUGUGUGACUUGCAAGGCCUGUGCUGCAUGUGACAGUCUAUGGAAAUGGACAGGACCUCUGGCUACCUUUCCCUCUCCCAUAGAUACUCAGUCUGGUCAAGCAGGUCCCUCCUUUUUUAUGCAUCACAUUUAGUCACAUUCUAGAAAGAUGUUAGUGUCUGGUUCCCAAAGCAAGAGUCCUUCUAGCUCUGAGGGCUGGGGAGAGCCGUUCUCCACUGUCAUGGGUGUGAGUGGCCAGUCCUCACUGUAGCACCCCUCCUCAGAAAUAACUCUCAAGCUCCCACCCAAUAGUCAGGGUUGUGGCCUUCCUGUUACACCUAGUGAAAUUUGCCCCCAAUGACCUUCUUAUCCCUGGUCCUGGCUGGCUCAGGCUUGAUCUCCCCAAGAGCUGGCCGCCAUCGUAGCUGCUGUCCCCUUAUCUUGUGCAUGGUGGAACCUAGAUUGGUGUGCCUUGCAGCCCCACAGGUGUCUCUGAGUUAUGGUUUGAGCUCUUGCUCAAGAACAAAACUUGGUGUCCUGGCAACUGUUAAAGAUGGACACUAGCAAAAGCUGAGCAAAAUGGCACACCUUUAAUCCCAGCACUUGGGAGGCAGAGGUAGGAUUGCCAUGAAUCUGAGGCCAGCCUUAGACUACAUAGUGAAUUCCAGGUCAGCCUGGGUUAGAGCGAGACUCUACCUCGAAAAAUGAAAAGAAAACAAACAAACAAAAAAAAUGGACACAAGCACUUCUAUCCAUUUCCAACUUGCCAACUGUUGGCCCAGGGGAAUGAAGACUUGUGCCCACAGAGAGCUCAGCAUCGAUGUGAGAUGCAGGAAGAAAAGGUUCAAUAUCAGUUAGCCUAUGGCCCAGAGAAAGCCCCACGUGUCUGUUAAAACUUCUACUUCUUCCCAAGGCCUGAGCCCUGGACCAGCUAGUUGCUUGUGUCCAGGAAUAGAGGAGCCAAGUCAUGUAAAUGGAAAUUAUGGCAGGCCACCUGGAUGGUGAGCUGUCCUUAAUUUCUCAGGUUGGUUUAGGAGUUCAGCUUGUUGAGCUGUGUGGCAGGGCAGGUACCUCCAGAGACAGGCCUGGCUAGUGUGAGUGUUGUGCUGGGCAACUAGCUCAUGACUGUUGGUGUUUCUCAGGUGUGGACCAGGGAAAGGCGGGGUGGUAGAGGUCAUUUGGAGCUAUUUUCUAGUCUGUGCAGGAGAAAAGGGCUUUGGGUCCAUUAGGCUAAUAACACCUUAGUGCAAGUGGUGCUGCCUUGAGACCCUCGAACUGCUUUCUGUCCUCCUGUUGCAACAGUUAAUGGGGUAGCUGGGAUGCAAGGUGCCCUGCCAUCCAUAUGUGUUGGUGAGCCCAAAGAGAGACCCUUUGCAGAGCAGCCCCAGAACCCUACAUGAGACUUCUUUCAUUGGCCCUGGCAGAGUCCUCCCUAAGCCAGACCAGCCCAUCUUGAUGUCAUAGCAGCAGGACCAAUAGACAUGGAUCCAGUUUUUGAAGAGGGCCUUAAGGGAAGUUACUGAAUUUUAAUGAAAGUAAGAAAGUCAACACCUCUCCCUUUCUAGUUUAAGGUUCCCACUUCUUAUCCCACGUUCCUCAGGAGAGCUACUGGGAGAGCUUGUGAGCCAUGGAAAAGUUCUGCAAAGUGCUAUUGCCUGCCCCCAGGUGUUUGUCAACAUCUCCAAGGUGGGCAAAUUGCAGACCUAAUAUUUAAGUAACGCAGAGAACAUAAAAUUUAAAGCCAUUUCCUUUGGAAUUCAUAUAACUGAAGUCAGCAUUAUGAAGUCAGAUUAUGGCCUCCUGUUGUUCACACAGUGAUCUGAAACAGUUCUUAGCACAGGGCUGGAGCUCUGGUAAUCACUACAACCCAAAGACCUUCCUUUGUGUUCCAGAGGUACAGGUAGGAUUUUAAGUGAAGUUAUUCAGGCGCAUGUGUACUUGCAUUUGCAUGUGUACAUACCUGGAGUUCUAUUGUACACACAUACCCUUCAAGGCAUAUGCAAAGCCCAAAAAUGCCUCUAUAUCAGUACUUCCCGGAAGUUGACUUUCUUAGACCUAUCAUGUCCGGUAGGCUGUGGACAGGACCAAGACUCUAUCAAGCUCCUCAAAAAUCUGGAUUCCCAAAUUUUAUCAGAAGUUAUUUUGAUUGUAAAAGUGGGUUUUUUGUUUUUGUUUCUGUUUUGUUUUUAAUGAUUGUCAAGUUUUCGGGGAUGAGAGACAAGACGUUUUUGUUUUCCUGGUGGUACUAUCAGGAAAAAAUCUAAUGAAACCAGGGUAGAGUUAUUUGGCAAUGCACUUAAGCAUGUUUCUUCUCCAAAAUGUGCCUCCCUUUCACUAGUGGCCCCACUGACACAUGUAGGUGACUUUCCAACUGUCAAGUGCCCUUUGUUCUCCCUCAUUUUUGCUUGCACAUGUUCUCUUCAGGAGGGAAGCGUAGAGUGUAGCCACCUCCGUCCCCCUCCCAGAAUGUAGUAUCAGAGAAGGCUCCAACCCUAAUGGGUCUCUUCCCUUCCCUAAUUGGGCAGGGGGUGCCUCCUUUGUGUGGUGAAGCAGCUCUGCCAUCAGCCCAUCCCAGAUGCAUUUUGCACAGCAAUAACUUGGCUGGUACCCUCUGGCAAAGGGACUCCCCCAGUUGGGGCUUGGGUAUAUUUGGCUUUGUAUGCUUGUGGGGUUGCAGAAUUCUGUUGAGCAUCCUUUCCAGCACACAUCUUUGUGGAACUUUGCCCCUCCCUCCUCCUCUCUUGAGUGCCAGGACCAUAGCUGCCAUCAGGGUAGACAUGUAGCUAUCCCCUGGGGGUUGAUGUGAGAGUUGGAAGAUGUUGACCACUGCUGAGGGUAGAUGGAGAGCUCAGGGUGGCACAAGUAGAAGAGCGCUGUCUCUGACGGGGACUGGAGCCUCCAGGAAGGAGAGACCAGCACAGAGCUGUGUAACAGCUAAAGGGGACAUGAGGGUUGAGAGCCGUCCUUCCCGUGUGCUUGUUAUACUUUGCUAUCCAAGAAACCCCUCACGUGUCUGUGGAAGCAGAGCCUCUGCAACAAGCUGAUGGAGGGUCACAGGCAGCAGGGACCUGCCUGAAGAGGUUUGGCUACAAUCUGGAGUCCUUCCAUCCAGACCUCGCUGCUGUUGCUGCUGCUGCUGCUUUGUGCCACGGGCUCCACUGAGAGCCAGCAGGGCUGUGAUGGACGAGUGCCGGAGCCUAGCCCAGACCUGACUGUACACUUCCAAGAGGAAGAACUGACAUGAAAUGUAUAUUUAAAUUUUUUUAAACUGCAGAUGUUGUACAUCCAAAUUAAAGGAAUAAUUAAACCA